AUGUCAUUCCUCACAUCCAUCCGUGCCUCCUCCCGCCAAGCUAUCCGAACCAACUUUGCCGUGCCAGCUUCCACAUUCCACUCCUCAGCUGUCCGAAGCUUGAACGAGGAUGAUAGGAGCCGUGAGAACCUCUCCUACCACUAUGAAUCCCACAAGGAAGAAGGCAUCAAAAGCACCAAGGAGGGCAAGGGAAAGUGGAAAUCCGAGCUGGCUAGUAACAGUGAGGCCGACGUCAAAGCGGAUCGAGGCGAGUUAGACGGUGAUGUCACUUUCCAGGAGAUGCAGGAGAAGACAAAACGUCUUGCGACCGAGAAGGCUAAUAAGCAAUAA